AUGGAAACUUGUCCGUUAUGUCUAAAGAGCUUUCCUUCUGACGAGAUCGAGCAGCAUGCUAAUCAAUGCUUGGACACGCAAGAGUCAUCAAUUGUAAUAGAGGCAUCUCAAGAGGGCCCAUCAUCUUCGCAAUCUACUCAGAAUAUUGAUGACAUAGAGAUUCUAUCUUCAAAAGCUCCCAAGAAUGCUUUUGACAUAUUAGGAUUGAAACGAAGUAGCAAAGUAAAGACUGAACCUAAAAGGAACCUGAAGAAUGUUAAAACUACUUCUUCUUUAACUAGCAUAUUGAUAGCUGAGAGGAAGAAGAAAGCUGAGGCAGCAGCAGCAGCUGCAUCAGCAGUGGAUAUGACGCAGCAAAUAGAUGAUGUAGGUAGUAGGUCCAUAGUCAAAAUUGAGCAAUCAGAGCCGAAGGCAAUACCAAUACCAGACAAAACCGUGAAUGCAAAUGCCAACGCAAAUGCAGGCGUUAAAUUGGCAAAUAAGAACUAUAAUUCUGACCGAAGUCUUGCUCAACUCCAAAGAGAAAGCAAGCUCCCAUUAGCGCAGAGACUUAGACCCCAAUCACUUGACGAAUACUUUGGCCAACAAAAACUUGUGGGCGCAAAUGGAAUACUCCGUAAUUUAAUAGAUUCUGAUAAUAUACCGUCAUUUAUAUUAUGGGGAGUACCAGGAGUUGGGAAGACUACCUUGGCAAGGAUUAUAUCCAAGAUGACUAGUGGCAAAUUCAUAGAGGUUUCAGGUGUAGAUGGUAAUGUGAAACGCCUUCGUGAAGUUUUCCAACUCGCUGAAAAUGAAAGGAAAUUGACAGACAGAAAGACGAUAUUAUUUAUAGAUGAAAUCCACAGGUUUAAUAAGGGUAUUCAAGAUAUAUUACUUCCAGUGUUGGAACGUGGAACAGUGACAAUAAUAGGAGCGACCACUGAAAACCCAUCUUUCAAUUUAAAUAAUGCAUUACUAUCGAGAAUGCAUGUCUUUCAAAUGGAACCACUUAGCCAUGAUGAUAUGGUAAAGGUAAUAAGCAGAGGACUCAGGUUGGUAAAUAAGACAAGGGCAGUUGUUUUCAAGUUACAUUUGAUCAAUUUAAGCAAAGACGCAAUCGACUAUAUGGCAAAAUUGAGUACGGGAGACUCAAGAGUAGCUUUAAAUAUAUUAGAAUCUAUUCAUGCAUAUUUGUCUGGCAUUAAAUAUCAAUAUUUCAAUGAAUUUGAACCCGAUAAAGAGUCUGGGAUUAAAAUCCCAGAAAAUGUCGGAGUAAUAAACAUUAACGAACAAAACUUAAAACCACUAUUACUGUCAAAGAAUUAUCAUUCAAUGUUUGAUAAGCGUGGAGACUCACAUUAUGAUACAAUCAGUGCGUUCCAUAAAUCAAUAAGAGGUUCAGAUCCAGAUGCUGCUAUAUUUUAUUUGGUUAAAAUGCUUGAAGGUGGAGAAGAUCCUCUUUUCAUAAUUCGUCGAUUAAUAGUAAUAGCCAGUGAGGAUAUUGGACUAAGAGACUCAUCCUGUUUACCAUUUGCCAUAGCAGCAAAGGAUGCUUUAGAAUUCAUAGGUAUGCCCGAAGGAGAAAUAGUUUUAGCUCAUGUCACAGCAAAAUUUGCUAGGGCUCCCAAAUCUACAAAAUCGUAUAGAGCACUACGCAAUGCUCAAGCGGUAUUCAAAGACAACCCAGACUUGAAAAAUAUCUCAAUUCCGUUGCAUUUGAGGAACGCUCCUACUUCUUUGAUGAAGGAGUUAGGAUAUGGGGAAGACUAUAAAUAUAAUCCAAACUAUGAAAAUGGCAAAGUAUUCCAAUCUUACUUGCCCAAGGCAUUGGUUGAAAAAGAACAAAUCGAUACGAAAUUCUUGGAAAAAACACAUAUGGGGACAGCACAGGACCCCAAACUUACUGAGGAAGACUAUAAAGCUGCUGAAAGUGAUGAAAGGUUAUACCGUGAAUACAAAGAGAAGAGGAAAUUAGAAAUCAAGAAUGAGCAAGAAACAAAGAAAAGAAGGAGCUGGAAGAGAGGAACCGAUUUUGGCAGCAAUUCUAAAGAUGUCGCUAAUAUUAAUGACAGCACCCUAAAUGAUUAUUUACCGGAGAGACACUCAUAUGACGAGUUCCUUCCUAAAUCUCAACAGCCACCUCAAUUCUUUGAUGGAGAAGAAAAGGAACAUUAUUCUGACGAUCCUGACUGCAUUCACAACUUUGAAAAUUCAUAUGAUGAAAAUAUGGGAAAAGAUGACCAACCACGUUAUGAAGAUGAGGAUAUACUUCAUUAUGACCCCGAGUAUCCCAUCUUCUAUGACUAG